AUGUACGUACAUAAUCAUAAUGUUCAUACUAAUAAUCACAACUGCUCAGGAGAGGAGUGGAGUAGUCAUGCUAGAGCUACAUCAUCUCUUUUCUUUUGCUUCAGCUUCGUAUCUACGCCCAUUUGCUGUCCGAGCAGGUCCAGCAUUCUCACUGGAAUGUACGUACAUAAUCAUAAUGUUCACACUAAUAAUCACAACUGCUCAGGAGAGGAGUGGAGGUAUGGAAAUAUGAGACUUUUAACUGAAUCGUGGAAUUACGCUCCGAAUCCCGACAAGCAAUGGCUACUGCAGCGUACGGGAAAGAUGGAACCUGUGCAUGUUGCGUUCACAGAUUUGCUGCAUAGACGUCGUAUGCAGACAUUGCAAAGCGUUGAUGAAGGAGUACAUCAUGUAAGAAAUCUUACUCUACCUUGA